GCCUCUCUCAAUGCUUUCACUUCACACUGAACUCUCCGUUGCAUUGCACAGAGGAUAGACACAGGACUCAUCACAGAAGAGAGCAAUAUACGACCAAAGGGGAUUCCUGUGAGGCAUCUCUUCGACCUUCCCUCUUUUCCUCUGUUAUCCUUCCCCCGCUUCCCCCUCUUUUCCCCAAUGUGUUGUGGGUCUCCCUUUUUUCCUUCUCAUCUUUCCACUUUCUAAGUGUCUCCGCUCUGCUUGGACAGUGGCUGCAUCGAUGCAAAAUGGGUUGUGGCAAUUCCUCAGCCACCAGCACCUCAGGAGGGGGGCCAGCAGAAGCCUCCAAAGAAGUGACAGAAGAUCCAUUGGCAGAAGAUGAGAAAAGGAGGAACUAUGGAGGUGUGUAUGUAGGUCUGCCAGCAGACCUGACCACGGUGGCUGCUAGUCAGUCCAAGUCUACACGUAAAGAUUAACAACUACUGAAAGGACGGACAAAAAAACAGACAGGUUCCUGUAAAUUGAUUCAUCCUGAGACUCUCAAAUGGCAAGUAGUGAGCACGUCAGUGCUCAGAUUCAGGCUCAAUACACACUCGCACUGAGCCAAGAUGUGGACAGUUUGCUGGGGCUCAGAGGACGUUGCCUCAUGGAGCCAUGGGUGGCACAGUAAUGCUUGGAUGCACAGUGGAGGUCUGCAUAUGGCAUCCAUCAUUGCACUUCACUCUGCAAGAAAGCUAAGGCACAUUAGUCAAGCACCCACCCUAGGAGUGGCAGAUGUGGGUGGCAGCAGCAGGAAUUGUGACAGUCAUCUUGGGAACUCAGUCACAUCACUGGAAAUUUCUCUUCCUCAGAAAGAGGCAGAGGAUCUAACCAACUUAUCGACUAAAUCUGUGGGACUCACACACGCUACCAAUAGCCCUCUGCAAUAACAAUAAUCACUAAAAGUUAUGUCACUGUGGCACAUCGAUGACUUAUUAAAGAUAAAACAUGUGAGAGAUGAAGAUCAACCAGUUUCACUGAAACCAGCAAACACAUUCCUGUUGAUUCACACAAUGAAUCAACAGGAAUGUGUUUGCUGCUUUCGUUGUGUUGAGACACACAAUGUCAUUAUAAUUGGAUUGAUUGCAAUCAGGGACCUGCAACAGAAACAUUAGAAAACGGAAUUAAAUGAUAGACUUAAAUGCCAAAAUUAAGUUUGUUUUAUCUGACAUUCCUAAAUGUGCUGGGUGCACCAACCUGGCUUUACAUGGUGUAGUCACUUAACUUGUAACCUAUACCCUGCACUGAUAAUGUAACAUCAGCAUAGGAGUAGAUGAACAUUUUUUCCAUCUGCCUCUUUCUUGCUCUCUUUCAUGGUCACUGUAUCUGAAACAUUGUUGUUUGUACACACUGAAAUAUUCUUGUUAAGGUCCAGAGACAGAACUGUCAGGUAGUUUCUUAAUAUCUUAUUAUCAAUGUGUCUUAAGGUUUUAUCUAUUUUUUAAAAAAACAUUCUACAAAAAAAAAAAAAAAAAAAAAAAAAGAUGGAAAUAGUCAACUGGUUUUCUCUCCUUUUUACUCCUACAGUAUGUUAACACCGUACACCAGAUUUCACUGUAAAUGUUGUUGAGCUGUGCAGAAUCCUACAAGGCAAAUGUUAAUGUUUUUGUUUUUGCUCUUUUUGUCAACAAAUCCCACAAAACGCUGCUGUUUUUUUUUUUUUUUUUUUUUUCAUGACUGGCUGGUUUACUUUGGGGCAUCAAAGUUUUCUGUUAUACCACAAAUCCAUCUCAAUCGGCUGAAUCAGUCAUCAUGAAGAUGGUUUAAUCAUCCAAGUUUUACAUCAAAACGUCUGAUAGCUAUGUUGGCCAAAUACAGAAGUUUUUUUUAUUUAUUUAUUUAUUUAUUCAUUUUUUUUGCAAAAUCACAGUUCCAGUUUGCAUUUCCUAAUAAUUGAAAACUCCAGCAGGUGUGUCUGCUGGUUCUGUUAUUCUGACUUUAGCUUUCUGCUUCUCUGUCAUGACUGUAGGGAUCUCGAACUCCAGCCCUUAAGGACCAAUUUACAGCAGGUUGGUACUUCCCUGCUUCAUCACACCUGAUUCAAAUUAAAUGUAAUCAAUGCAAACAAUGACUCAUUCAUUUAAGUCAUGUCUGCUGAUGCAGGAAAACAUGUAAAACCUGCAUUACAGUGGCCCUCAUAGAUCAGUUUGCGAUCCCUGUUGUAAGAGAAGGCCCUUGGUAAAAUCUUCUUAAAUCAGGUAAAGAGUAGGGACUGACCAACUGCCACCUCUGUCUUUCAGCCAACAGCUGCUCAAAAACAUCAGAUAACUGCUAGAGACAUCAGACAAUGCCUGUUUAUCAUCUAUCAUUAUCAGCUUGUAUCAAUUGCAGAUGUUUCUGAAUUACUGGAAUUACAAUUUUUUGCAGUCAUAACAAAGGAAAAAAAAACUUUGGUGGGUUUCUUGUGAUUACAAAAUAUUUAUUUGUAUUUCUCCUUGGCACUGGGCUUAUCACCAUAACAACCAAAACAAAUGGUAACUAAAGCUUUUUGAAACAUGGUUUAGAAAAUACAGAAAGAUAGAGCUGUCACCCAAAUAAAAGAAAAUUAGAACCUUGUCACGUUAUAAUUGGAUAGUUUAUUGUAAAAACGUGAAAGUUACCGUAUUAUAAUGUGAUACGUUUUGUGGUAAAUACGUGGACUAUAAAAUGUAUUUAUCUUUGUACAGGGAAACUGCAUGCUAUUGUCAUAGAAAUGUCUAAUUUACCAAAUGGGAUUAAGUUGUACUUUAAUUAAGAAAUUUGGUGAAGCUUGACACAGUGAUAUUGUUGAUUUUGCACCUUUAAGGCAGACAGGACUAUGUCUUAAUGUCAGCAACUUAAUUUUCCCAGUCCCAGUGGUGCAUAUAGCCUUUAUAAUUUUAAUUUUUAUUUUCAGAAGCCAGCAGGUGUAAUCACUGGUACAUGUUAUUAACCAAAAGAAGUACAUACGCUUUAUGGCAACUCAGGCACAUACCGACUGCACCAGGCGGGUGACGUACUGUGUUGCUCAUAACUGUCCCACAAUCCUGUGUGUACAUAUCCUUCUGUAUAUAAGUUGCAAUUCUUACAGCAAUGUUUAUUGUUUUGAUGCAAUAUGUUAUGGUGGGAAAUGUAGUUUAUCAAUGUUUUUGUAUUAGAAUAUUACAUUUUGCCUUGAGUGUAUUAUCAGGGUCAAAUGGGUUUUUUUUUUGUUUGUGGGAUUUAUUGACAUUAAGAAAGAAAAAUCAGGAAAUUGGUGGCUUUAUUUGUUAAUAAGAAAGCCUCACCAAUUACAUUGUCCCUAAACUGAAAAGCCAUUACAGCUGGGUAGGUAUAAGCAGCUAAGUUGAUCUGUCAGACAGACUCUUUAGGUUUCUCCUAAAGUGAAUGUAUAACAUUCAUCUCUCUCAGCAAACCCAGAUGACGGUGAGGCCAACUUUAAACUCUUUUAAGAGAUGUUCUCUCCUCGCUACACAAAACUAUAUGUAUACCUCUGUUUGAAGCUUUGACUGCCUUUACUGACCAGUCUGAUAAACACAGGGACUUGCUUCACCAUGCCUGAACACAAACUUUACUAUUUGUCGUCUUCUCUAUUUAUCUGCUUGUGCAAUUGACAGUGAUGACCAGCAGCUGCCAAGCUGCGUUCCCUGUUAUCAGCCACUGAUGUGGAGGGAUUUCAUGUAGUGUAAUUACAAGCCAUUUGUCAGCUCUCAUUGUUGUAUCAUUUACACUGUUGACCUAUGAAGGCAGAAUAUAAUGCAGAUACAAAGACAUCUUUCAUGUACUAUGUAGUAUACAGCAUAUUGUGAAAAGAGCUGCAGUGUGCCUGAUUUCAACAUCACCUGACCUGAAACACUGCAUUUUUGCUGUUCCUUCUCCUUGCUACCCACAUUUCCUCACUGCCAUUUCAGCUUCCUUGCAUCAGACCCUACUAGAGGUCUUUGGCUUUUACAGCAUGUUGUGAUGCCUGUCUCUCCCUCUUUUAUCAGCCUUGCGAUGCCCUUUAUGGUUGCUCCUCCUGUAUAUGAUGAAUGUCACAUCCUUUGCCCUAUUCAGUUAGUUUACCAGGGACAAGGGGGCAGAAUGCGGAUGACUAAAAACAACUAUGUUGUCUAUAUUGAGAUGCCUCUGUAACUGCUGCAACACAGCCUGCUGUUUGAAUGUAGUAGGGGUGUUGUGUACUCAGAGUGGUCACACUUGUUGAUAAGCAGCAGUUUAAUUGUUUUGAUGAUGAGCUGAUUGGUGUUCUUAGCUCUGUUCUUACCUCUGUAUAAUAUACUGAGCUAAUUGCCAGCAGUUAAACUUAUUUCUUACCUACUUAAGAAAUAGAUGAUCCUUCAGGGUUUUUUGGUGCCAGUGAUGCUGCAAAUUAUAGAAACCACUUAAGGUCAAAGCAGCUGGGAAUUGUUUCAAUUAUUUACUUGUCUACCUACACUUAGAAAAAAAGUCUUAGGUGGUCAUUAGAAAAUCAUCAUUGUCUUAUGAAGCUAAAGACCACUUAUUAAUUUUUUAUUAAAGAAAUGAUGGCUGAACUGGGUUAUUUUUACACACACACACACAAAGCCAUAGAAGGAUUUUUUUCUGUUUUCCUAUUUCUGGCUUUUCAGCUGGGUCUCAAGACAGUAUGAGAAAUACUUACUUUUGUUUUGUUUAAUGGACAUGAAUUUUCCUAAGUUUUUGUUACAUUAUAACUUUCAAACUAAUUUAUACCACAAUAAAACAAGAAAAUAAGUUCAUACCUUUGGCCUCAGGUUGAAAAGCAUGAAAAGGCUGAAUGUAAAUAGCCCUGCUAAAGCAGGCUAUGUGAAUCCAAUUAAAUAAUUACCACUUCUGAUUUAUACAUCUCAAAUCAGAUCAAAUUUUGAUUUCCUCUUGUAUCUAGCCAGCAUAAACCUCAUCUACCUUCACAAGUUAAAACUCACUUCAUGUAUUAUUUUAUUGACUGAUAGCUGGGUUGACAAACAUAGUUGAGCAUCCAGCCAGGGAGUAAGUUUACACACAAGGGACAGAGCUGUGGCUGAUAUCAGAAGGAGAUGUAACGACCUUUUUACUUAUAAGCAGGAGGGGGUGGGGAAAAAAGAAAGACCAUACACACAUUGCAUCCUGUGAAUAAUUCCUCACACCUUUCAGAAAUAAUUCUUCUCACACUAUUCAUAAAAGUCAAGUAAAGUUCAUCACGUGUUUGGGCAUGUGUGUUUCAAAAUGCAACAUCAUUUAACCAGCAGAAAAAUCGCUUGCAUUGGAAUGAGUUAGAAAAGAUGGAACGUGUAGUACUUCCAGUCUGAAGCUCAGUAUGUGGUGAGUGCUGCUGCAAGUCCUGAAGAACAAGCCUCGAUAAAAUGAACUUUUUAUGCUUUUUCUCCACAAUGUGGAAAAAUGCUGUGAAAUAUUCCAACAAUAGAUAUCCAUGCUGCAUUUUAAAAAAAUGUUUAUUGUUAUUUGAUGAUGUCAUUAAGAGUUCAUUGUUUUUUUUCUGUUCAUGUACACAAAAAGUGGAAAAUUCAUGUCCAUGUUUACAAGAGUGACUUCAAUUAUUUAACUAUUUCCUGGACUGCCGUUAGAUGGUGCUUGCCUUUCACACACACCUGUCCAUCAUCAAUGUUUAAAUGCUUUUCCCCAAAACAGCUGCUUCAUCAAUGAUGCUGCCAUGAGAAAAAUAAAAAGAUCUAUGACAAUGUGAUUCAACCAUUUAUGAUUAAAUACUUUUAUAUUA